UAAACAACAGUCUAGUUGGCCAAGCUGGAACAGUCUGAAAGUAUUGAGAUCCCAGUUGAUUCCCAAAAUGAUCUACACAGAUAAUUGCUGUUUUUGCAUUGGGCUAAAGUGCGGAUGCAUUUUGAUCUCCCUUAUAGAGGUUUUAAUCCGGGGAUUGGAUCGCUUCUUCGUAGACCGUGAUUCUUUGUUGGGGUUUCUUUCACUCGUGGUCAGCGGCGCCUAUGUGAUCUGUUGCAUUUUUCUCCUUCUUGGAGCUGUUUUGGACGCUAGAUGCUUUCUAAUGCCUUACCUCAUGGUGUCCUGUUUACGUUUCGUGAUUUUGGUCGCCGAAGGAAUAUUUGUGGCCACAGAAGGAAUUGUUAAUGACUAUCUAAUAUUUGAUGUACUUCAAUCAGUUCUGGGUUUAUAUUUUUGGAUAGUGGUCUAUUCCUACUACGAUCGGCUGAAGCAAGAAUAAUUUAAUCUGAUAUCCAACUGAUAUAUUUUGUAGUUCUUUAAAAAAAUCAAAUAAAAUAUCUUUACAUAGGCUAUUCAAAAUA